AACGAUACGGAGCUUCGCGUUAGGGGAGCCACGGUGUCUAAACAUUGAAAUGCACACGGAUGCGGACAGCGCACGAGCGGAUCGUUUGCGGUUACCAACCUUGCAGUUUCACGGCUGAUUGGACGCGGGGCGCGAGCUGUGCUGUCAUUGCGCCACAUUGCGUCUUCUGUCAUAUCUGCUCGAGCGCUUUCGUUUCAUUCGAAGCUAUAUACUGUGUUUUAAGAAGCCCUGUACCUCUCAAACACGAAUUGUAAAAGCCGCCCUGCGCUUGCACGGGACACCAGUCGGGCCCUUGCGAUCGAGAUUCUCGAAUUUUUUGAAUAGGUACAGGUACCGGAUAUGCCGAUAAAACGCACCGUACGUGAUUGUGAAUCAAAUUUAAUGCGCAUUGGAAAAUAAAUAACAGCAACGGCGUUCCGAAGAAAGAAGACGUACGCGAAGAAGUGCCAUCGGGGAUAUCUCCCUGUGCAUUCUGCUGUGGAACGAUUGAGACAUCGGCAGGAAGACGAUUCUGAACAUUAUGCGAGGAACCAUGAAAGGAACCAAGGUCACAUGCCGCAACCACCAUCAGUGCAGCAACUCGACAGAUGGGGAGACGUGCAUAAUGCCCCCCGAAGGGAAGGAAGGAGUGUGCGGAUGCCCUUCCACGAGGCCGGUCCUCGUGUCUGUGGGUGGUUUCCGCCGCUGUUACCCAGGAAGGGAAAUUUUCCAAAGCUGCUUAGUGACCGAACAGUGCCAGCGGAGCAACCCGUAUCUGGCCUGCUCAGUCAACGUCUGCGCAUGCUUGCCUCCUAGGGUGCUCAAGUUCAGAACGGAGUGCACACCAAGAUCCGAACUAGGAGGGCCAUGCCUAGAACCCGACGACUGCGGCGAUCUCUACGCGGACUGCAUUGAGAGGAUCUGCUGCUGCACACCGGGAUUUGAACAGAUGGGGAAACUGUGCGUCCAUCCGGGUACGGCCGGUUGGAAGAAGGCUCUGGUUCUUUUUGUUCCCGCUGCACUUUCUCUGUUGCUCUUGCUGCUGCUCCUCUGGCUGUUCUGUUCCUUGCGGUUCCGUCCGACCCGAUACGAAAAGCUGGGCAACGACAAUAUGCCUCAACUUUGUUUGCAACGCUCUGUGAGCGACACCCAGGUGAACAGGUCUGCCUCCGUAAGCGUCAUCAUGGAGACGACACCUCACGACGUUGCUCAAACAUCCAUUUCACGCUCGGAACGCUCGCAUACCAUCACGCCUUAUGCUAUUCUGCACUUCGCAAAUGAGAACAUUACCGACAACCGGGGCCUGUCUAAAGACGAAGUGGAACCCUUUCUACGACCUACCCUGAGCAGCAACGAAGUCUACAGCCGAUAUCCGCAUUUACGUCAAGCCUCUGUUCAACACCAUUUUGUUCCAGAACCCGGGAGUAUUUCAUGCAAGCGCCAUUCAGUAGACUAUAGAAUCCGCUACGUUAGCGAAGAAAGCGAGAGCGAGUAUCACGAGCGUAGUUCGCACCGAUUUCAUGACUCGAAACCGUCUGUGAGUCAACACAUUGAGACGCUACUCAAGAUGCCCGUCCAGUGCCGAAUUAUCGUUGAACCGAGAUCGGUUGCCUCAAAGGCAAAAUCUACCAACCCACAGAGCCACGUUUUUGAACUGUGACGUUCUCGAAAAUAAAGCCCAUCCUCUAAACUGAAACCGGUAAAACGCG